AUGAAGAAAACCUUAAUAACAUUCUUGUUGUUGAUGGUUAUGGUUAUCUCUACGAAAAUAGAAGCAUCAGAGCUUAGAACUCAAGGUAUAUUUAUAUAAAAUAUCAGGGAUGACCUAUACUGAAGCAUAAAAUCUAGAUGUUUCUCAUUUAAAUUGCCACACUGAUUUUGAAUAUAUAAUAGCAGAGUUGGCAAGAUGGGUUGAUAUUAUAGAUAAUAGAGAACAAUUAAUCAAGGAUCUUGCAAUAAUUAAUUAAGUUAUAAGCAUAGUAGAAAAAGCCAAAGGUACAAUAUCAGUGAUUCACUAAACAAUGCUAGUGCAAAUAUAAAAUAAAGUGAGCAAAUCACUAUAAAGUAUAUUUACAUAAAACAAAUGGGCAGCUUGUAAGGUAGAAGAUGCUCUUGAAUAUGUUGCUUAAUUAAAUAGCACUUAAAGUAUUAAUUAUGAAUCUAAUUUAGCAAAUGAGGAGAAGAUAGCUUUAGCAAAUAAAAUCAUAGACCAUUUAAGAUAGACUUAAGAAUAAAUACACUAAUAUUUAAAUUAAUGCUAAUAUGCAAAACGUACUCAAGGUUUGAGAUAAAAGAUAAGUUAGAUUCAAACAUUAAAAAGAGUAUGUGAUCAAGAAAUAAAAAAACCAACUAUAAUUAUAGAAAAUGAUCCUGAUGAUGAAGUAAUAAAUUUUGAUGAAGAACCAGAAGAAAUAGUUUAUUAUUAUUUUGAAGAAGAAGAUGUUGAAACUCCUCCUGAUUACAUUUAUCAUGAACCUUAGCAUUAUACAUAUCCAACUUAUUAGGAUGAAACCAAAAAACCAUAAAAAAAAUAAGUUAAGAAGAUAGUACCAAAAGAAAUAGUUGAAGAAAUUAAAGGAAAUAAGAAAUAUGUAGCCUUAGGACAUGAAAUUGAAGGAGAAGGUAAGGAGAGUAUUGAUGAAUAAUAAAAUUAAUAAGAAGAGGCAGAAUUUGUAGUGUAGGCAGCUAAAGUUAGUAAGAUUGAAGGUCUAAAUAAUGAUGAAGAUGAUAGUAAAAAAACAGACACUGAUAAAGUUAAAGGUGAAGGAGAAUCUAAAGAAUAGACAAAUAGAGAGGAAACUCAAGAAAAUAAUGAAACUGAAUAAUAAUAAGUAAUAGUUGAAACUCAUGAUAAACCAUUAAAAGAAGUUGAAUCAGAAACUAAAGAAAAUGUGACUGUUGAUGAAUCUAAAAAUGGAAAUGCUGAUGAAGAUACUACUGAAGUUAAAGUUAACACUAAUAAUAAGACUGAAGAAACUGUUGAUGAAACAAUCGAAAAAAAAGAUACAAAUAAAAAAGAAUCGACUGAGGAAUCAUCAUAAGAAUCUUCAGAAACAGUAACCACUCAAAAAUCAGUUUCAAGUACAUAGGAAAAAUAAAAUACAUAAUCAGAAACAAAGGUAGAAGAUGCUUCGGAUGACAAAUUAGAUUAAAAAUCUACUUAAGAUGGCAAUAAUUAAACAACAGAUAAGGAUGAAGAUAUAGUUGUUGAUAAUGAAUCUAAAAGUUAGGAUGAUAAAAAAGAUGUUUAAAUUGAAUCGUCAAAGGUUGGAAAAGCUGAUGAACAUAAAAAUGAUGAUUAAAAAUAAGAAGGUGAAGUAAAAUAAGAAGGCGAAUAAAAAGAAGAGGGUGAAGUAAAAGAAGAAGGUGAAGUAAAAGAAGAAGGUGAAGUAAAAGAAGAAGGUGAAUAGAAAGAAGAAGGAGAAGUGAAAUAAGAAGGUGAAGUAAAAGAAGAAGGAGAAUAGAAAGAAGAAGGUGAAGUAAAAGAAGAAGGAGAAGUGAAAUAAGAAGGAGAAGUUAAAUAGGAAGGUGAAGUGAAAUAAGAAGAUGAAUAGAAAGAAGAAGGUGAAGUUAAAUAAAAAGAUGAAUAAAAUUAAGAUGAAGAUCACAAAAAAGAAGCACCUAAAAAUUAAGAAGAUGAAAAGAAUUAAAAAAAAUAAAAGUCUAGUGAUGAUCGAUCAUUAAAAAUAUAAUCAUUAAGAGAAGAUCCCAAUCCAAAUGAACCAACUUAGUUUUAACCACCAAAACAUAGAGCUAACUCAGGUCGUGUUUAAGAAAGAAAAGUUGUAGCAGUGAAUACAAAAUACUAACAUUCUGAUUUUGAUGGUGAACCUACUGAAUAAUUUGAAUUUACUGAUAGAUCAUUACUUCAAGAUUCGUCUGAAUAUGGAUAUGGAUAUUGGGUGAGAUAUGCAGAACAUGGAGUUAAGGAGCAUAUUAGAGAAGAUGGAGAAUACUAUUUCUUAUCUAGAAUGACCAUAAACGAGGAAUAUGAAGAUUUUUCAUUUUAUGGAGACAGAGCUUUGGCAGUAUUCAUGUUUGAUAAUUCUUUUGUAUUCAGCACAUAUGAUACUAGUGAGAAAUUGAAGACUAAAGAUAAAGCAGUAGUUUUAAAUGAAAAUAUGGAUAGUAUGUGGUAUUUUGUUAUGUUCUCUUACAGUAAUCCAUUAAGAAAAGCUGUGGGUUAUAUUGUGAGUUAUGGGGAAGGUAAUGGAAUCUAUAGAGUAGAAAUAGAUGCUACACACAUUCCACCUUCAUAUAUAAAAAUCAUAUUUGGUGGUAAGCACUUGGGUUAUAAUGGAUUAAAUGGACAAUUCGCCAAUAUUUUCUUUGAUAUUGAUGCUCCAGCAUUUGUAGAUGGAGAUGAAGCAUUGGAUGAAGUCUUGAAAACUUUGAGUAAUCCUCCUUAAAGUGUACCUGCAAUGAUUGAUGAAACUGUUAUAUAGAAACCUAAAAAUUUGAAUGGAAAUGAUAAAGGGGAACAAUAUCAUUUUGAUCCACAAGAAUCUUAAUUAAUUAUAGAAGAAUAUGCUGUUGGUUUAUGGUUUAGAUGGAUAGAUGAUUUAAAAGUGGAUGAACCAAAUACAUUUUAGAUAAUUAAUUUGAGAUCAAACAAAGUUAAAACUGCAGGAAAAGGAGUUUUAGGUGAUAGAGCAUUAGAAAUACAUCAUACUUAUGGUGGUGGUGCUAAGAGUACAAUAUAUUUUAAUACCUAUACAAUUAAGGGUAAUAGAGCAAAGGGAUAACCUUAUUUAUCAAAGACUGUUGAAAGUGUCGAAUUCAUUUGGACUUAUGUUUAUUUUGGUUAUGAUAAUGAUGGAGGACGUGCCUAUGGUGCAGUGAUUAAGCCAGGACUAGUAGGAGAAAUCAAAUAUGAAGGUAUCUAACAUAGACUGGUUAACAGUUUGAGUGUUACUUUAGGUGGUGAUAAUGUCAUAUCUCCAUUUAAUGGUAUGAUUGGAUAUGUUGGUAUUUAUCUUGGAACAGGAGCAUACAGAGAAGGUUUAGGAUUUGAAAUGACAUUUAAUUAUGGUGAAGGAGUUAUGGGAGUCUAUUAAGUUGGUAAACCAGUCACUUACAUUGCAGGAGAUGCUAAUUAAGCAAAAUAUGUAGCAUAUGAUGCUGCAGAAAAUGUUGUGGAUAAGAUUAUUAUUCAUAAUGAGGAAGGAAUGAGAAUUAAUGGAUAGAGUGAAUAUGGUUUUGGAUUAUGGACUAGAUGGUUGAGUACAUUACCUAAAUAUUUGAAUAAGAGAGCUCCAAUACAUACUAUUGCUAGAAUGGGUACUUAAGGUUAUGUUAUUGAAUCUAUUGAUGGUAAAUUAGUAAGAUCUAAUGCUAACAGACCAAAUACUCCUAAAGAUAAUACUUUAUCAAUAUCUUUAACUCCAGAUUCUUAUGAAUUUUAAACAUUGGAGUUGAAAGAUGAUAUUGAAUUUUCAUAAUUAGAAGGACAUUGGAAUUAUGUCUACUUUGGAUAUAUUCGACAUGGUGAUUAGGGAUUAGCUAAGGGUUAUGUAUAAUUUGGUGUUGAUGGUGAAGUUGAUGAAGUUAUCUUUGACACUUUUCAUGAUUAUUUACUUGAGUAUGUAGAAUUCAUUGUUGGCAAAACAUCAGCUCCAUUGUUUAAUGGUGAAAUGGCAAGAAUUUCAUUUUCAUUUGGACCUGGAUCAUUCAUACACACAAUUGAAACUUUAAAAAUCUUUACUUAGAAUACUCUUCCAGAAAAGGCUUAAAUUCAUCCAGUAGCAAGAUAAACAUUACAAUUAGUAGGAGCACCUUAAUAAAUUAAAGAGGAACCAAUCUAGUUUGAAUUUGACAAGUAUUAAGGAGCAGAAGAAUAUGCUAUUUCUGGAUGGGUUAAAUGGAAUGGUCCAUUAGUUACUGGCAAAGUAUCCCAUCUAAUUACAAUGGCUUAAAAGAGAUUAGAGGAUUUAGAUGGUAAAAAUGAAGAAACUUUACAAAUAAUCAGAGGAGAUUAGGCAUUUACUUUUGUUACUUAUAAUCAAAAUUUAGGUGAAUACAAAUUAGUUACUUAAGAUGAAGCUUAUGGAGAAUAUGCUGAUUAAUGGACAUAUAUUUAUUAUGGAUUUUCUUAAUAGAAAUAAUAAACUUAUGGUUAUUUGAAAUAUACAUUUACAGAGAGUGAAUUUAGAUAAGAAAAAGUUAAUCAUUUUUAUUUGGCUGUGUUCUCAGUAUUAAUCUAAGAGAAAUAACAAUAUACAUAAUUUAUAGGUCAAAUUAAAACAUGGGUUAUUAAUAUUGGAGAUGGAGCAUUCAGAGAGGGAGAAUUUGAUGAAAAUGAAAAUAUUAAAGUUCAUUUUGGAUUCAUAAGUGGAACAGAUCAUAUUAAGUUACAAUAAGCUGGAUAAGAAGCACAUCAUGAGGAGACUAUUUUAGAAUGUUCAUCAUAAGGUGAUGAAGUGCCUUUACAUAUAGAAUUCUAAUAAAGUGAUAAGUUACAUUUGCAUGGUGUUAGUGAAUAUGGUUAUGGAUAUUGGGUUAAAUUCUAAUAUUUUGCAAAUAAGAAUACUAUAUAUAGUAGACCAUAAUUAAUGGGUUUAAGUAGACUUACUAGUAAUAAAGAUUAUAAAGAUUUUGAUAAUCCAGGAGACAGAGUUCUUUUGGUUUUAUUAGGAAAACAAUCCUAUCAUUUUGGAACAUAUGAUGUCAUCACUAAAUCAAAUAAUGUGGCUGGAGAUAUUCCUUAUUAAAUUGACUCUGAAAGUGAAUGGACAUAUAUUUAUUUCAGUUUUAAAAGAAUUUCUUAAACCUAAGGACAUGCCAUGGCAUUCACUCAUUAUAAAGAUACUACAUCAGGUAUUCAAAUGGAUGUGAUGCAUUCAUUAUUAAAUAACUAUUUGUAAUUGACUGUUGGUAAUGCAGGCAAAUUUUAUUCAAAUUUUAAUGGAUAAAUAACUACAAUCAGAUUCAAUCUUGGUCCAGGUGCCUAUAUUGAUAACAAAUAAGGUUUGUUAUAAAGAAUUAAAAAUAAAGAUGUUAUGCCUGAUAUCUUGGCUCCAUCCAAAAAGUAUGAGGUUUUGAUUGGAAAACAUGAUGUUACAAAGAUCGAAGAGGAUUAACACAUUACACACAUAAAUGAAGAGGCUAGAGAAUAUUCAAUUUAAUUAUGGUUUAGAUGGUUCAAAUUACCAGUCAAGACUUAAUAGCUUAUCUAUAGAUUCACUUCUUCAAAUCCUGAUUCUUUAGGAGAUGCAUAGAAAAUAGGAGAUAGAACUUUGGCUCUAUUCCAUACAGAUGGUAUAGAAUUCAGUACUUAUAAUUUAAAUCCCCUAUCUUUAUAGAACACAUAUGAAGCUAAGAUCCCAUAACAAUAAUUAGAAGUUUGGACAUUUGUAUAUUUUGGCUAUUCCAAAAAUCAUUAGAAAAUUAGUUACUAUUUAUUAGCUGAUGAUGAUGAACAUAAAGGUUUAGAAUAAGCUUUACAUGCUGUUUCCACUAACUAUUGGUUGUUUUUAGUAAAGGAUGCAAUGACAAAACCAUUUGAUAGUAGAUUAGCUUAAGUUAUAUUGAAUAUUGGAGAUGGCAGUUAUAGAGAAGAUAACUUCAACACUCUUUAAGUUUAUUUGGCAGCACCUAAAUUGUUUAGUUCUGAUAGUAAAUUUGAUUGGGAAGCAGAUGAUACUAUAACAUUGGUUUCAGGUGAUCCAGAAAAAUAAGGAAUGAAAAUUACAUUCUCUGAACCUGAUAGAAAAAUAGAGAGUGUUUAGGAAUAUUCUGUUGGUUUAUGGACUAGAUUCUUGUAAGCAUGGCCAGAGAGAUAAUGGCAUACUCCAUCUGAAAUGUAGAUCUUAAGAUUAACUUAUAAUGAUGAAGUAGAUAAUGGAAAAAUUGCUAUUGGAGAUAGAGUUCUAAAUGCAUUGGUUGUCUUAGAUAAUUAUUAAUUUGGUACUUAUGAUUUGAAUGAUGAUGCUCCUAAUGAAAUAAGCACUAUUCCUUAUAAUCAUUUGGAAGGAAGAUGGCAUUACAUAUAUCUUGGUUAUAAGAGAUAAUUGUAAUAAGCAAACUACUUUGUAUUUGAUGGUGAAGAAAUUAAACAUGCCACAAAUGAAAAAUUAUUACAUAAACCAUUUGGAGAUUAUGUUCAUUUAAUUUUGGGAGGAGAAAAGGAUGUAGCUCCAUUCUAAGGUCUAUUUACUGAAGUAGCAGCUCACUUUGGAGUUGGAUCAUUCAUUUUAUCAGGUGAAGAAUUAAUGAAAUCUAUUGAUACUAGUUUUGCCUUACCUUAAGAAUUAACUGUAGAUUAUAUCCAUAAACAAAAGCAUGGUUAACAAUAGUUAAUUGGUGAAAGUGAUAAUAAUGAAGGAAGUGAGAGUACUGGAGAUACUUGGAGUGGUGUAGGAGAAUAUGCUAUUUCUGGUUGGUUUAAGAUUGCUGAAACUUAAGUGAAGAAAGAAGGAGAAAUUAAUUCACCAUGUCAGAUACUAUUUAGAAUUACUAAUAAUGAUAAAGAACAUUUAAGUGAUCGUAAAUCAUAAGGUGAUAGAGCACUACAUGCUUAAAUAUGUACAAGUGAUACAGUUAAAUUGAGUACAUAUACAAUCAAAGGACUUAAAGAUUGGAAUGAAGCUAAAUUCUUAGAGGAGAAAGUUGAACUUGGAAAUUCAAAGAAAGCAUGGGCAUAUUUAUAUAUGGCUUAUAAUGAAAAUGCUGGUGAAGUUCAAACUUUAUUACAUCUGUUUGAAGAAGAUAAACCAGUUAUUUUCAAAGGAGUUUAACAUUUUGUUCCUCAUUUUAUAGGAAUCUAUGUAGGUAAGGAUCCUCAUAGUAGAAGAUUUUAAGGAGAAUUAUAAAAAUGGGUAGCUCAAUAUGGUUAAGGAGCAUUUGUUGAUGUAAUGAAGAAAGGUUAUGAAGAUACUUUACCUAACUUUAGACAUAUUCAGAUUAAUUAAAAAUAUCUAUGGUUUGAAAAAGAAGAUAGAAUUAUUUAAGCACCUGAAAAGGUAGAAUAAACAUUUACUUCAGAAACAGAAUCAGUCGAUGAAUAUGCAGUUGGUGUUUGGACAAGAUGGUUAAUAGCAUUCCCUACAACUUUAACUGAUAGAGCAGAUGUUCACACUAUAUUCAGAUUCUCAAGUACUCGUCAAUAUUAAGAUAAGAGUGAAUUAGGUAAUAGAGUCUUAUCUGCCUUCUUAACAAAAGGAAAUUAUGAAUUUAGUACUUAUGAUGCAUCUAAACCUACUAAUGCAGUAGAUGCAUAAUUACCUUAUGAAAAUAUUGAAGGUGAAUGGACUUAUGUGUAUGCUGCUUAUAAGAAUAAGAAUUUCUAUGGUAUGGUCUUAUUUAAGGAUCAAUAAAAGGCUGCCCAUUUAAAUAUUGAAGUGACUCAUCAAGUUUUAACUGGUUAUGCUCAUUUUGUUUUAGGAGCUAAUGAAUUUGGAUAUAAAGCAUUCCAUGGAUGGUUCUAUGAUCCAAGAAUAUUUUUAGGUGCUGGAAGCUACAUCAGUGAAUCUUAAAAAGUUGUAGAGAUGAUUCAUAAAUUACACAGAAAAUUACCAAUUACACCUUAAUAAGCUGAGGAUUUCAAAUGGCCAGUAUCUUUAUUGGAUACAACUAAUCAAGAUGAUCUUGAUUCUAAAAAGGAUAAAUUGAAUUUUGAAUUUACAGACAAAGCAGAAAUGUAAUCUUAUAGUAUUGGAUUCUGGUUCUAAAAUGCUAUAUUACUUCCUGAAAUGGAAAAUGAUUUCACUGCUUUAGUUCGCUUAACUACUAAUGGACCAGAUCUUGCAGCUGAUGAUAAGUUUAUUGGAGAUAGAACCUUAGCUCUAUUUACAAAAACAGAUAAAUUGAUGGCCAGUACUUACACAAUUAAAGAUCCAUCAUUUGAACCAUUGUCUCAUACUUUUGAUAUUAAAGAACAUUAAUGGACUUUUGUGUAUUUUGGAUAUGAGAAUCAUCAUGCUAGAGCUUAUGUGCUUACGCCUAAAGGACCAACUGAAAAGAUUUUCAUUGCUUAACAUAUUAUUCCUAAUGCAUUUUACUUAAGAGUUGUUAAUGAUCUAGGCCAUCCAUCUUUUUGGGUAAAUUAUAAUUGUUAUAUUUAUAGGGUAAAAUCUAUGGAUUGAAGGCUAAUUUUGGUGAAGGUAGUUAUCUUGAAAAUCCUUUGGAAUUAAUUGAUAAAUGGCCAUAUGAUCCAAAGUAACAUUCUGAUAUUGAUAAAUAAGGAGAAAAAGUCUUAUGUAUUUAUAUAUAUUAUAAUAAUAGCUAUUAAUUCUGCUAAAGUUACAAAAUAAAAGAAUGAUGAUGCUAAAGAAUGAG